GCAAUCGAAGCGGCCUAUAUUUCCUUCGAAAAAACCAACAAUUUUCAAGCAACAACUUUCCACCCUCAUACCCGACCAAUCGGAUACCAAAAAGGUCUAUUUUCAAAGCCACCCACGACCCGUCAAACGCGAGACCAAUCCCAUUCGGUUAUCCGGCCACAUUUCGCUCGAAAUGCUAACGAGACAUCUUUUAAAAUCAACACCCGACGAACGUCCGAGUUAAUUACACCACCGACAGUCGAAUUAAACGCAUCUCCACUUUAAUUGACAAGUUUUCCGCGAGAAGAUUAUAAAGAUGAAAGAUUCGAAAUAAAUUUUAACAAAUUUUUUCGAAAAAAUUCAAAUUUUUUUAAUUUUUAUCGAUGAUUCAAAAUGCAAAUUCCGAAGAAUCCGUACGAAGAGAAUCCUUACAUUUCGAAUUACUGGACGCCUUAUUGGGAUUACCGGGAAACAGUGCACGAUUAUUAUUAUUAUUAUUCUAACGAUGGGAGUUCAUUUGGAUCUGGCGAAAUUAAUGGUACUUCGUAUUCGGAAGGCUCUAAGGAUUUAAUGGAAGACAAGGACAACAGCUCGAUCAAGCAGAGGAAAGAACGAACGGCCUUUUCGAAAAAUCAAAUAAGAGAUUUGGAAAAUGAAUUCGCCCACUCGAAUUAUUUGACGAGAUUGAGGAGGUACGAAAUCGCGGUGGCUUUGGAUUUGACCGAAAGACAAGUAAAAGUUUGGUUCCAAAACAGACGGAUGAAAUGGAAAAGAAACAAAAAUCAUCGCAACAAUUCCAAAGCCAACUAAGCAUCCAUCUCAUCCAAAAAAAAUCUCAUAAAACCAAACCAAAGUAAUGUAAAUGUAACAAAAUAAACUUGUAAAUUAUUUUAUAUUUUUUAUUUUUAUACACCUAUAGUAUUAUUUUUUUACGGAUUUCCUUUUGGGUUUCCCGGCAACUUUCACCAACGAAUUUCACCCCCUUUUUCUUGAUCAACUCCCUCGCCACUUUUCUCACAGUUUCCCUAUCCAACAAGCCAGUUUUCUCCACUUUCCCAAUCGAUUUUCUCGAUUUUUUCACAUCCGGAGAAGACUUCUUCGAUCUCC